GAAGCCACCGCCGCCAGUCUGAGGCAGGUGCCCGACAUGGAGAGUGCUGUGCUGCCGAGCGGAUCCCAGUGUGCGGCGGCGGCGGCGGUGGCGGCCGCGGUGGCGCCUCCCGGGCUCCGGCUCCGAUUCCUGCUGUUGCUCUUCUCUGCCGCGGCACUCAUCCCCACAGGUGAUGGGCAGAAUUUGUUUACGAAAGACGUGACAGUGAUUGAGGGAGAAGUGGCGACCAUCAGCUGCCAAGUCAAUAAGAGUGACGACUCUGUGAUUCAGCUGCUGAAUCCCAACCGGCAGACCAUCUACUUCAGAGACUUCAGGCCUUUGAAGGACAGCAGGUUUCAGUUGCUGAAUUUCUCUAGCAGCGAACUCAAAGUGUCGCUGACGAACGUCUCCAUUUCUGAUGAAGGAAGGUACUUCUGCCAGCUCUACACUGACCCACCACAGGAAAGUUACACCACCAUCACUGUUCUGGUCCCACCGCGCAAUCUAAUCAUCGAUAUCCAGAAAGAUACUGCCGUGGAAGGCGAGGAGAUCGAAGUCAACUGCACUGCCAUGGCCAGCAAACCAGCCACGACUAUCAGAUGGUUCAAAGGGAACAAGGAGCUGAAAGGCAAGUCGGAGGUGGAGGAGUGGUCAGACAUGUACACCGUGACCAGCCAAUUGAUGCUGAAGGUGCACAAGGAGGAUGACGGCGUCCCCCUGAUCUGCCAGGUGGAGCACCCGGCCGUCACCGGCAACAUGCAGACCCAGCGCUACCUGGAAGUCCAGUAUAAGCCUCAAGUGCACAUUCAGAUGACUUAUCCUCUACAAGGCCUUACCCGGGAAGGAGACGCGCUUGAGUUAACAUGUGAAGCCAUCGGGAAGCCCCAGCCUGUGGUGGUGACUUGGGUGAGAGUCGAUGAUGAAAUGCCUCAACACGCGGUGCUGUCCGGACCCAACUUGUUCAUCAAUAACCUAAACAAAACAGAUAACGGUACAUACCGCUGUGAAGCCUCCAACAUAGUGGGCAAGGCUCACUCGGAUUACUUGCUGUAUGUAUACGAUCCCCCCACAACUAUCCCUCCUCCCACAACCACCACCACCACCACCACCACCACCACCACCACCACCACCACCACCACCACCAUCAUCACAGACACCACGGCGACGACAGAACCAGCAGUUCACGGCCUUACUCAGUUGCCCAAUUCCGCAGAAGAACUGGACAGUGAGGACCUCUCAGACUCCCGCGCAGGCGAGGAAGGCUCCAUCCGGGCGGUGGACCACGCCGUGAUCGGGGGCGUCGUGGCCGUGGUGGUGUUCGCCAUGCUCUGUCUGCUCAUCAUCUUGGGCCGUUACUUUGCCAGACAUAAAGGUCACCACCUGGAGAGCCCAGCUGUGGAAGAGAAGGUAGGCUCCACAAACCAAACGCCAGGGACUGUGCUCACUUCUCCCCUCCCAACCUGCUUCCUCCCUUGUCUGGAAAAAAAAAUCAGUGAGUCAGAAAUGCAGUUACCACAAUGCCCAGAGAAGUCUAAGGUGAUCCCCGGGGACUAACUGGGGUAAGAGUUACACUGGUCCUCAGGACUCUGGGAAUUUCUUAGAGAAAGGAUGUCAGUGAAGGCCAGGGAGUUGAAAAGCUGGGUCCCCUAGGAGUGGGGGUUCAAGGUGGAGAAGACAAAGCACAGCCCCCCCGAUCUGUAUGGAGCAGGAGAGCAAAACCCCAUGAGACUUGGGGGUGCAGCCACUCUGAGUGAGGGCUGCUCCUGAAUCCUGGUAGAGGAGUCAAGAUGUCAGGGGUCUCGCCAAGCCUCUGUGAGAGGGCAGGGGGCACCGAGGAGCUGUGACCUGGCAUACCUCCCUACAAAGAACCGCCAUAGAUAGUAGCUGGGAUGGAGCCAGGUGGUGGCACACCUGGUUGGGCGCCCACAUUACAAUAUGCAAGGACCGGUUCAGGCCCCUGGUCCGUAUCUGCAGGAGGAGGAGAGCUUCAUGAGUGGUAGAGCAUAGCUGCAGGUGUCUCUCUGUCUCUUUCCCUCUCCCCUCUCAAUUUCUCUCUGUCUCUAGCCAAUAAUGAAUAAGGUAAAAAGAUUUUUAAAAAUUUUUAUUAUUUAUUUAUUCCCUUUUGUUGCCCUUGUUGUUUUAUUGUUGUAGUUAUUAUUGUUGUUGUCAUCGUUGUUGGAUAGGACAGAGAGAAACGGAGAGAGGAGGGGAAGACAGAGAGGGGGAGAGAAAGACAGACACCUGCAGACCUGCUUCACCGCCUGUGAAGGGACUCCCCUGCAGGUGGGGAGCCGGAGGCUCGAACCAGGAUCCUUAUGCCGGUCCUUGUGCUUUGUGCCACAUGUGCUUAACCCGCUGUGCUACCGCCCGACCCCUGGUAAAAAGGAUUUUAAAAAUUAAAAAAAGAUAAAUGCAGGGAGAGGUCAGAAUAUGUGUUAGAAUGAAGACCUGGCUUCCCGUCCCUGCUCAGUCACUUGUCGCUGUGACACUCCAGGCAGUUUCCUGUCCUCCCUGGGCCUGUUUUGUUCUGUAUGGUCGAGAUCUGUACAAGUGCUGGUAGGAGAGGGAAAGGAGGGAAGCAAGAGGUGCUUCACAGUUCAGGCGGUAGAGGGGCCAGGCGGUGGUGACCCAGCUAAGCACACAUAGUACAAAGCCCAAGGAUCCAGGUUCGAGCCCCCACUUCCCACCUGCAAGGGGUCUACUUCACAAGUGGCGAAGCAGGACCACAAGUCUCUAUCUCCCCCUCCUCUCUCAAGUUCUCUGUGAAUAAAAUAGAAGAAAAUGGCCACCGGGAGCAGUAGGUUCGUAGUGCCAGCACCAAGCCCCAGCGAUAACCCUGCAAGCAGAAAAAAAAAAAAAAAAUCCGGUGGCAGACACAGAGGAAAGUCUGGUCAUCUGCUAGUGAUAGUGGAGCCCAGAGGCAAAUGGUGACGGCAAAGCUGGCUUGCCCGUGGUCCGAGAGGCAGGCCGAGCUCCUGCACCUGUGACAGGUCAAUCCCUUGUAGAGCUCACCUUGGGGAUAGUUAACAAACCCUUUCUCCUCCCCUUCCUGAGUAACUAUGCCAGGUUCAAGAGGAGACUAGUAAUAUUUCAUGACCCCAGCCCUCCCUCUGUGCCAUGGGCCUCCGAGCUCAGCUGAGACCCGCAGAGAUGGGGCCCCGGAAGUCCCCUGAGAGGAGGUAGAUGGGGGGUGGGGGGUGUCUUGUUCUGUUUUUGCCUUUUGAGUCCCACAGGGUAUGCAAAGGUGAGGGUGCCAGAAGCGGCCCAUGGAGCAGAGAGCUUGAGAAGUUGCCCGGCUCUUGGCUUGGCAUGGCCGUGGAAGCGGGCCUCCCGUCCCUCCGGAGAGCUCUCACAAAUGUUUUGGCCUGCUUGUAUCCUCCAAAUCCAUCAGCCGGAAGCCCGAGGUGAUAUGCCGAUGUUAAUUGGUGCAAUCUCUCACUGUCUUUUGUCGACUGGAAAUGUGAUUCUUGUACUGCAGUGGCCGUACUCCAUGGAGGAAUGUUCCUUUGAUUCUGUCAUCCAGAACCUUGAAGCAGCCACGCUACAGGUAGAAAGAUGCUAACUACACCAGCCAGCGAGGCAAAGGCAUUUUGUCUCAUUAGAAAACCACGCUGGAGACUCACGUCCCUUUUCACCCAGCUGCUAGGUCCACAGUCCCCGAGUCAGGAAGAGCCGGCAGCCAGAUUCCUUCAGCGUGAAAGGUGCAUCCACAGAUGCAAGUGUGUAGUUGAGGAAUAUUUCCAAGUGGAAGCACUGGGAUGUCCUGCUCACAGAACAGCACGAGGAAAAGGGGGACACUUGGCUGUCAUUGAAAUGAAUUUGUGGCCAGUCUAUUAAGUAAGGUCUGUUGGUGGCACAUAGCAGGUGCUAGACAAGUAGCAGUGGUUAGUUAGUUAGUUAAGGGGAGACUAGUGUCCUGCUCCUGGUGACCCGAGUCUCAUUUAUAUGUUUUGUUUUUUAUGUAUUGAUUAUUUAUCAGAGCACUGAUCAGCUCUGGUUCUAGGGAUUGAACCUGGGACUUCAGUGUCUCUGGCAUGAGAGUCUCUUUGCGUAACCAUUAUGCUAUCUACCCCCACCCUGCCAUUAUUAUUAUUAUUAUUAUUAUUAUUUUCACCAAAGUUAUUGCUGGGGCUCUCUGCCUACACAAUGAACAAUGAAUCCACCACUCAUGACAAAUUUUCUUUCUUUUUUUUUUUUUUGAUAGAAAAAAAUAAGAGGGAAUGGAGGAUAAAAAGGAAGAGAAACUCCUCCAGAUCUGCUUUCCUGUUCUCAAAGCUUCCCCUCCCUUCUGUUCAGGUGGAGUCUGGGGACUUGAACUCAGGUCCUUGUGUAUGGUAGUAUGUGCCCUCCUACCAGGUGAGCUACUCUCCAGCCCCUUGAUGUCUCUUUAUAGUCAGUCUGAACAGACCCUGUCUGUUACCAAUCCGUCUUCAACAGAGGUGGCUUAAUCAGCCAGCCAGCUCUGAACCGUAGCCCCUCCUUCCUCAGGCACCUGCUGGAACAGAGUAUCUCUUGAGGUUGGCAUGGUGGCAAUGGUUAGACGGUUAAGCAAAGUGUCACUGGUGCUGUCAGAGAUUGUGAGAGCCUUAGUUCUAAGCAAGUUAAGGCCUGUUAGAAAACUGUCAAGUCUUAUCCUUUACCUCCCCGCCUCCAGGGGCCCCGUGCUGGCACUACAAAUCCACUGCUCCUGGCAGCCAUUUUUUCCUUAUUCAUUAUUAUUUUUUAUAAGGGAGGACAGAGAGAAAUGGAGAAAGGAGAAGACAGAGAGGGGGAGAGAAAGAUAAGACACCUGCAGACCUGCUUCACCGCCUGUGAAGCGACUCCCCUGCAGGUGGGGGAGCCGGGGGCUUGAACCAGGAUCCUUAGGCCGGUCCUUGGGCUUCACACUAUGUGCGCUUACCCCACUGUGCUACCGCCUAGCCUGUCCCUUACACCCCUUACCUUUUGUUUCUCUCAGAAUCAUGACAGGCACUUCCUAAAGGAACCCUGGUUCAUUGCCCCCACUCUGCCCCUCGUCUUCACCGCAUGUGCCAGAGAGAACCAGAGUGCCUUGGAACUAAGACUGGAAAGCAGGUAUCUACUUUCAGGUCUUGCAGUCUGCAGCUUCCCGGACCGUCAAUACACAGGAAACUACAUUUUCUUUGCUUUUUUAAAAAUUAAUUUAUUUAUUCCCUUUUGUUGUCCUUGUUGUAUUAUUGUUGUUAUUGAUGUCAUCGUUGUUGGAUAGGACAGAGAGAAAUGGAGAGAAGAGAGGAACACAGAAAGGGGAGAGAAAGACAAACACCUGCAGACCUGCUUCGCCACCUGUGAAGCCACUCCUCUGCAGGUGGGGAGCCGGGGACUCGAACUGGGAUCCUUCCGCCAGUCUUUGCGCUUUGCGCCACUUGCGCUUAACCCGCUGCGGUACCGCCCACUCCCUACUUUUUUUUUUUUAAUAAUUUUUUUAUUUGUGAUCCGUGGUGGUUUACAAGAUUGUAAAGAUUACACGGUAGAGCACCACACCACACCCACCGCCAAAGUUCUGGGCCCCCACCCUCGCAAACAAUAACCACUGUAGUUCUCACAAAGCCUUCCAGAUGAUCUGUUUGCUUUCACUGUCUUUUUGCAAGUUCAUGUAUUUCGGUUCUCUAGAGCAGUACCAGGAAGUGCAAUUCAGGCCUUGGACAUUAAAUAGGGAAUUAAUUCCAGCAAGGAAUAUGACUUCAAGUCUUCUCUCUCUCUCUGUCACACACACACAAAGAGGUCCUGGGGAAAGUGAAGACAAUUGCCGGAGGUCACAGCCACACGUCCUCUGGGCCUCGGUCUUCUCCAGCUGUCCAGCAAGUUUGCCCGGGCUCUCAGUCAUAUUUCAUACACGACCGCCUUGAAUCUUCCUUAAGUGCUAUCUUCUCAGGUUAAUUAAUCACCAGGCUUAAACUUGCUGUUACCAGCAGGAAGUCCAUCCUGAAGUCAGCAAUGUUGCCAUUGCCUCUCCUAACACUGUUUAUCCUGCAUUAGUGUUUACUUAGGGGGAAAAUUGAUCCGUAAUUGAUAUUUCAGUCUUGCAGAGCAGGCGGUGGAAGAGCCCAAAUACGAGCCUUUAAUAGCAAGCAAAUAUUUAAAUCCCUUAAUGGUGGGUGAAUAUUGAAAUGUGUGACUUUAUCACUCUUUUUGGUUUGUUUUCUCUGGAGUUGUGUAUUUCAUUGUCUAAACUUGCAAUGGAUGCUGGCUGACUUGAGUCUAGCUAAUCCACAGCAGCUGUUUGCCCAGACCUAGCAGACCUGAUUAGAAAGUAUUGCUACGGAAGGAAGUCGUCUUCACUGAUCUAUCUCUGUGAGCCGGUGACAAAAUCAGUAUCCAUCUUUCUUUCUCUCUUUCUCUUUCUCUCCCUCUCUCUAGGCCUGUUUUCUCUAACCUCCUCUCCCCGAAUAAAGUGACGGGGACCGCUCUAAUGUUGCGAUUAGGAGCAUGAAUCUUUUCUCGUGUGGACAAGGAAGGCAAAAAAAAAAAAAUGCCAUUACUGUCAACUGAAAUGUGCUCUUUGGGUUUUUUGCUCCUACUUCCCCACCAAAGCCCAUUUCUGCUGCUGAGCGUGUCUCCCAUUCACAGCCGUUCUUGAUGGCUCGAUCCUUAAACGCAGCCAGUAACGUAGCCCAGGAGAUGCUUGAGACGGUUUAUGGAAAAUAAUAGAUUUCCUUGCAGAGACAACCCAAGGCGCACCGAGAAGGGUUCUGAGUCAUGUUCGACCCGACCAAGAUCGCCAGUUCUCUCCUUUUUCCUGGCUGCAGUGACAGAGGCGAUUGCACCAAGCCAAACGUGCAGGUCCUCCCGGAUACCCUGUGCUUCCCGGGCUGGUUCCUAGCAGCACCCCCAGAAGCUCUGGAGAUGGCAGCCAGGGCUUCACCACUCACCUCCAGCUGCCCCGAGACCUGCUGGGAAGCAAGGUGCCUGCAAACGUGGGAAAAGGAGCCUGCAGUGCAGAGGAGCAAGAGGAGGAGGACUCCGGGAGAGCCCGCCAGCCGAGGAGGAGAGCUGAGACUGGGGGUGGUGGGGUGGUGGAGGGUGGUCCUUCCCUGUGUAGCCAUCGGGAAUGCCAAGGAGUGGUGGGCUUGGUCCCUCCAGCACUGCACAGCCGCCCAGAUCCAGCCCUUAGUUAGGGAGCUCCAGGGAAGGACCCCCUCCUCACUCCUCACCUCACCUCACCCCUUGGGCAGGUCAAGCAGCAUCCUGCUGCAAAGAGGACAGAGCAAAGGCUGCAACAGCACCCCAUUGCAGCUCUCAGACUGUUUUGCAAGUGCAUGUCAAAAGCCAUGUGUUUUCUUCGCCCCAGAGUGCCUCCCCGUCACAAUCCCGCAGGAAGGGGAAAGUAGAGGGCCCGCCGGCCCUGCCAGACCUUGCGCCACCCCCCCACCCCCACUCCAAGGAGCGCAGCCGCCAGCACCCCCAGCCGAGCUGCCGCCACUCCCCCACUGUUUUCCUUCUCGGCUUCUUCUAAAUGGAAACCAUUAAUCAUACUAAAUUGUGCAAUGAUUCUCUGAUAGGGAGAAUGCUGAUGGCAAAAAUCAUUCUCCUUUGUUGUGCCAGGCAGGCAAAAGGCACGAGUAUCAGCUCUCUGCCCUGCCUGGCUCCUCGCAAAUGCUGACCAUGUGUUCGAGCAUGCAGCUGCCUCUGCCCAGGGCUUAUUUUAGCACCCUGCUCGGCAGCCUGAAGCUUGUCAGAAGUUGGGGUGCCCUGCCACCCUUUCCUUAUCCCAAGGACAGCCAACAAGACAAGGAGCUCUGGGGCACCCCCCAACCUGGAAGUCUCCCCACCUCCAGGGCCCCAGGUCCAGGCCUGGGGGAGGCCGCGGGACCCUGGGCUGAGAUGGAUUGAGCUCUGUCCGCUACCUCCUGCCAGCUGGUUUCUGAAGAAGCCAGGUGUGGGUACCAAGGAGGCUUUUUUUUUUUUGCCUUUCAGAAUUUGAUGUCUGCUUCGCUUUCGACAAGCCUCUUUGUAAGCCAACCCUUCUGAAUUAGAAUCAUUUUCCAAAAGCUCUUAAGCUAUGAUUAAUGCCGAAGCUGUUUUCUUUCCUUCCUUUCUUUUUUCCCCCUUCCUUUCUUUUUCUUUUCUUUUUUUUUUUUUUUUAAAACAGUCAUUCUGCCAGUCUUAAGCUGUAGUCAUUUUCAAUAAUUUGGAGUGCUCAAAGGCAAACCAAGAGUUUGUUGACAACAAAACCCUUAAGAGCCCAGCCAGGCAACCACAAAAGACAGCACAGCAAAGGGACCAUUUGGGCUUUGCUGGCAUUUCUGCUCCCUGAGUCUCACCACUGAAAGUUUGAUUGAAGACUCCCAGGGCAGUGAGGAGCCCACUGUGAGGAUGGCGAGGAGAGAGGGCUGGCUUCCGGGGGAACUGGUGAGCGGCAUGUCAGCAGGGCUCCUGGCCGCUGCAUGAGCACAUGUGUUUUGCACUCUCCAUCCCAGAGCUAGAGAGCCUUUGCCAUCCUCCCUCCGCCUGGCAUCAAAGCCCAGGAGACAGAGGCUGCCUGUGCUUGGAGGCUGUUUGCUUUCCCCGAGGCCAGGACUUGGGAACCCAACUUUGUGGGUAGCCCAGGCCAUGCUCCUGCCCUGCAAGGGGAAACUAAGAUGCUUUUUUUGAAUCUGGGUGGUUCCUGGGUGAUUUGGUGCUAGUGUCUCCCAUCUGUUUGCAAAAGCCCAAUGCUCAGGCUUUUGGAAAUGCCCAUGAUUGCAGAUUUGAUUAGCCUUUGCUUCUUCCUACUCUGUGUCUCCUCCGAUAGGGAAGGGUCAGCUCUGGAUGGAAGAAGUUUCAUCCAGGGGGCUUGUGGGUGAUUGAUAAGAUCCCUGCGGGUGGCCAGGCAGUAGUGCACGAGAUUAAGUGUACAUAGUAAGAUGCCUGGCUGGCUCUUCUGCGGCUGAUGCUUCAAGUCAGGGAGCGUAGAUUUCCUGCCCAGCUUGGGGCUUUGGCUAACUUCCAAUGAAUCCCCUCUAAGCUGAGAAGUGUGGCCCCUGCUUUAAGACCAAGAAACCCAUCCAUCACACAGGCUAGAAACCUGGGCUAGAAACAGGCUAGAAACCCUUUCCCCCCCUUCUCCUGCUUCCAGCUGGCUCUCAAGUUCUCCCCAUUGCCUCCAGAUUUGUUCCAACCCCUUGGUGUCACUUGCCCAAUCCCAGCCCUUGACCCUGAACCUUGGGAAUGUAACGGCCUCUUUGCUGUUCUCCUGCUUCUCUUCCCCUGGCCUCCUCCCCCCACCCGUGCCUCCAGCCCCAUCUCCAUCCAACUCCAGAGUGAAGUGAACUAUUGGGAAGCCAUUCUUGGUUGACCUUUGACUACAAGCUCAAGCCAAAUCCUUGGUAUCUGCCAUGGCUUUGACCUUUCAGUCUUGCUCUGUGAGGCUGAGCACUCCCUCUGCCCCCACACCCACCCCUACCCAGCCUGGGCCCACCUCCUUCCCGUCCACACUUCUGUGCCUUUGAACCUUCCCAGAAGCGUCCUUCUAUUCAAGGCCACUUCUUGGCCUUCCUGACCCCUCAAGCUCCCGACCCCCCUGCAUCCCUAUCACCUGUUGGAACUGCUCCAUGUACCUUUCUGGCUCUCUCAGUACAAGAGUCAGGACUGUACCUGAUCCAGCUCUGCAUCUUGAAGCCAUAAAGUGCUCAAUAAAUGACUGAAUAAGA